CAUACUCAAAGUCCGCAUGCCGCGUUUCCAACGUUCUGGCAGUUGCCAUAACCAUUCUAGCAAAUCGUUGGCAGUUACGCACAUUGGCUGAAUAAUGGAUAAGCCCAGGAGCGCGGCAAGCUCGAUUGCAAAGUGGGGAGCUGCCUGCGCCGCAUGUGCAACAGCCAAGGCGAAAUGCAUCCGUUCGGUCGAGAGACCUGGGGCCAAAUGCGACAGGUGUGAGCGGCUGGACAAGGAGUGCCUCGACCAGGUUCACAAGCCAAGGAAGAAGAGACAGAGCAAGCCGUCAAAGACUGCACAGCUCGAAGAGCGUCUCAACAGUCUAGUUGAACUUAUCAAAGCCUCCAAUUCAGGUGGAAUUCCAGCCAGUACCAGAACUGUCCCCAGCAUCACCGAGGAUACAUCAUGCAUCCCCACAAACGCAGAUUCCACACCCUCAGUACAGCACGGAGGGUCCGUGACAUGCAACAUAUCGACGCCCUCGACGUACUCGAGUGUAGAACCACCACGAACGGUGCCUACAACGUAUAACCAGUAUGCACCUCCGAGAUGUAUCUGCCGUGCCCCUGUCGGCGAGGCCCCCUUACCGGUUGAAUCGGAUGAGACUCUCCUCUCCAUCUUCGUCACCAAAUUAAGUCCCCAGUACCCCUUCGUGGUUCUCCGCCCGGGAAUCUCAGCACAGGAACUCGAGUCCACGAGACCAUUCCUCUUCGCCACUAUCCGUAUGGUAGCUUCGGUGCGGCACCUGUCGUCGAUGAGGGCUCAAAGCUAUCCUAUCAUGAAGCACAUCUCCGAGAACAUGCUCAUGGGAUCUCAGCGGUCCCUCGAGCUGCUCCAGGCGAUUCUGUUGGUGGUUGGAUGGUACCACUACCAUUGCAUGAUGCACUCACAGUUGAAUAACCUCACAGCCCUGGCCAAUAGUCUCGCUGCCGAUAUGGGCCUCAACAGGUCGCCUGAGCUGCAGGAGAGGACACGGAUAUUGGUGCUGAACCCGGAACAGCCCAAGGCGAGGACCAACGAUGAGAGGAGGGCACUAUGUGGUGUGUGGUAUAUUAACUCGGUGGUAUCUCUAGCCUUUCAAAGGGUAGAGACAUUGACGUUCACGCCCUACAUGAAACAGUGUGUUCAGGAUCUCGAGACAGACAGGGAGUACGAGACAGACGUACUCCUGGUGCAACUCGUGCGCAUUCAGCACUUGUCGGAUCGGAUAGCUCAGGUGCACGCCAAAGACCAACAUCACGACGAUCUACCCGGCAUUCCUCGAGCACCACUAACUGCGUAUCUGAAUGCGUUCCAGACUGAACUGGAUAAGUACAAGGCGCAGAUACCUCGACACCUCCGAUCACAGAAAAUCCUCCUCGCUCACUUACACACCGCCACCCUCCGCCUCUGGGAACCCCCAAUAGUCGACCCCGCCUUAAUGCACAACCUCUCCAACUCCUUCACAUCCAUGUCCAUCGGCGCCGCCUCAACCCUAGACGUCUUCUACCGCUCCAACGCCGCCAUCAAGACCUGGUUCGAGUUCUGGCUCUCCAUUGAAGCAACCGACUACUUCUACGUCCCCAUGGCCGCCUUCUCCCAGCUCAUCGUGGCCAUCACCAUGAUUUCUCGCUGGGCCAAACUGUCUAGUCUCGACCCGCCACCAUCCUCAUCCUCGUCGACAUCAAAUUCAAAUGCUUCUGCUCAACAAGGGGCAUCGCUAGCUUCCCGCUCCGUAUUCCAGGGCCUAUCUGACCCCUCCAGCAAACCUAACCUCAAACCCCUCGUCUCCAGCUCUAGUUCCCGCUUCGGUUCACGGUCCGGGGGUUCCCCCUCGUCAGCUGAAAUAGAAGCGACCAUCCCUGCCACCCAACGCUCCGACCCGACCUUCCCCGCCGCCAUAGCCUCCAUACAGCAACACAUCCUCUCGCAGCCUGAACUACACAUCGACGUCAUCGGCGUACUCGGGGCUCUCGUCUCGCGGUUCGAGGAGGCGAGGGCAGAGAUUAGCGCACUACAGGCCCGCACCACGAGAGGAGUAGGGGGUGCGGAAGGAGUAGGGAUUGAAGAUUGGGAUGAUAAUAUCUGGGAUUUGGCAGCUAAGAAGAUUAGUGUUACGAGACUAAAACUCGAGAGGUGGGCGGAGAUCGUUGGGACUUUGGGGGGGGAGGGUUUGCUGGCCAGGAAUGGGGAGUAUGCAACGGGGCCGGCAGGGACUAGGGCUGGUCCGAUGGAGGGGGUUGAAGUUGCGGAGGCGGCGGCGGGUGCAGGUGCGAGUGCGGGUCUGUCGAUGGGAGCCCAUCCGCAUCAGCAUCAGCAGGAUGGAGGGACCGGCGGGUGGCAGUAUAAUAAUAUCUUUGCGAAUGACCUUUUUGAGGGGCUUGGAUUGGAUCAGAAUUUCUUCUAUGAUGACGCCGGGGAUUAUGGGACGAUCGUGCUGAAUAGUUUGGGGCCGCAUGCUUGAAGAUAUUGGGACUAGACAUAGAUAGAAGGAUAGGUGAGAUAUAACGGUACUGGGUGUAUGGAAGGGUAUCACGGCUUCUAGGGCUGUUUGAUUGGUUGGUCAAUAUGGCGGAAUAUUACGCCACAUCAGUCCCCCCUCAACAUUAUGUCAGUUGAAUUUUGUCGAGAAUUAAUGGGAUUUUUAUAUACUACUCCUCUAUCCCAAUCAUCAUGUAUCAAGUCUACUAGAUAAGGACAGAAACUCACUUAUAUUAC